UUGUGCAGUCAUUUUAAUAUAAAGUAUUAAAUAACAGCCUUACGUUCCACUUAUACUGGCAGAGACAAGUAACUGCUUUGGAAACAAAAGCAUAGGUUUUGGAGAUUGAAUUAAAUAGACACAAAAAAGAGAGCAGUGUGCUUCAUUCAAGUGGGAUCUAUACAAACAAUAAAAUGGUUUGCAGAUUUCAAGUGGCAAUUUUAAAUGGAAACUACAAGGUGCAAACAGGAAGCCAUUCAAUCAGAACCUUCCAAGAUAUUUCCCAUAUUUCUGCACUGAAGCCUCUGCAAUAACUGGACCUCAAGUAGUUUCAAGCCAGCUGAGAUGUAUCAAUACAAGCUGGCCUGAGAAAUCAUGUUGUCUUACUCAUCCUCCAUCCUCAUAGCACUGGCUGCUGUGUUAGUGCCUUGCCAUGCAUUGAGUAAAUGUCCAGGAAUUUCUGGGCUACCUGGUAUCCCUGGAAGAGAUGGUCUGAAAGGUCUGUCUGAUUCUCUGGCCGCCAAACGCCACAAUGCUUUAGCAAAUUUGAAACACCGACUUUUCCAACUUGAAGCUGUGCUUGCAUUGAACGGGGAAAUAAGAAAAGUAGGAGAGAAAAUACUUGCCAGCAAUGGGAAGAAAGCUGACUUUGCAUCUGCACUACAAUCCUGUGAAGAGGUUGGAGGAACUCUUGCAGCUCCCAGGAAUGAAGAGGAGAAUAAAGCUAUUAUGGACAUUGUGAAACAGCAUAACCAAUAUGCCUACUUGGGCAUUAGAAAGGGCGAGACUUCAGGUCAGUUUAAGUAUAUAAAUGGCAUGCCUCUGAAUUAUAGCAACUGGCACCAGCAUGAGCCUAACAGCAAAGGGAGAGAGAAAUGUGUGGAGAUGUACACUGAUGGCACCUGGAAUGACAAAAAAUGCAAUAUGUAUCAUCUCACAGUCUGCCAGCUUUAAAGAAUUGCCUUUCAGCCACCUCAGAGGAUAAUGAAGUAUCUGUGUUUCAGGUUGAUUAAAUUUCUGCAAUUUCUCAGUAUCUUAAAAUAUAAAAUUAAUCAUAUUGUGAUAUUUUUUAGCCUUAGUAAAAUGCCAAAUAUGCUAGGUGAUUAACAUGAUUAAAA